UCCAAACAUGCAUGUAAUAUUUGCCACUGGAUGUUAAGCACCUAUCACUCAUCAUCAUCAUCAUCUUCAUAAUCAGACCAUCGAUGAAGACUAGCAGAUCAUUUUUCCUUUUGUUUUGCUGGAUAGUUGACAUUGUCAAUCCUACCAUAUUUUUUAAUUCUUAUAUAAAUUUCUUUAGUUUAACUUUUGGCUUAAGCCUAAGGGGUCAAUACUGCAACUUUUUAAUGAGUCACAGGUUUUAGGGAAAAGUGAGAUUUAAGACUAAUUAUGCUGACUUUACUGAUUUUUUUUCUACCUAAUAGUUGAGGAGUGGGUGUUGGCAGGUCUGAAAUAAUGAACUCACAGUUCCAGGGUAUCAUAUAUAACCUUUUCAUUUCUGCAGCCCGGAACACUGAAUUUGGAAAGAAUUUAACAUUAACAAUAUAAAUGAGAAAGAUUUUCAAUAACAUAAUUUCGUUUUGUUAUUUCAAUAUUUAUUGUUCCACAAAAGUUCAUAUAUGAAAAGUAAAAUAGUAUUUUUAUUUAUCAUGAUGGAUGACAAAUUCUUGAAAGUCUUCAACAAAAAGCUUUAACACUCACAUCAUACCUUUGAAAAAGUAGGGCAUAAUUUUUCUUCCAUAAUUAUCACUAUAUCAGUCUACAAACUGAGCUAAAUGGGUACUUCAUAAUCUCAGCAAAUAGAGGGCUCCACUAAAGGAGGGCAGUUAUAAAUAUGCUACACUUUCCCCUCCUGAAGAGUGAUUCUAUCAUAAUGAUGAUAUCCAACAUGAUGGUAAUAUCUAGCCAUAGCUAAACUUCUAUAAUAUCUUCUAUUCACAGUGGUUUUAUUUUCAUUUGGAGUAUCAUAUGUAACUUUUAAUCGGGCAGAAUUUUUCUUCCAAAAUUACCAUUGUCCAGACAUAGAUCCAACCAAGGACCCCUGGCUCAGUAAACCACCACUCGACCAACUCAGCUAAUGGUGUACUUCACUAUCAUAGAUAAUGGAGAGCAGUUAAAUAUAAACUAUAUCAGGAGAAGCAGUACUACACACAAAUAACAAGAAUCAAGCAGAUCUUUCGGAUCGCUUUGAAUUCUUUCUUCAUAUAUACAGGAGACCUGUGUGUGUAAUUUGUUAUAUUUUGUAUUUUGUAGAUGACUAUGAAGUCUUGACAGAUGUGAUAUUUUAUUAUCUAGACACUUAAACAUCAUCUGCUGAUAUGGCAGGCAAUUUGAAAAAAAUGGAAGGUACAAGGAUGCUGCUUGGAAAACAACCUGCCAGAAUGUUGUUGGUUGACACAUCCUAUCCACUAUUAACAUUUAGAGAACUGGUCAAUGAUUUAUGUCAGACUUUAGAGAAUGUGUUCUCUGUUGCUACAAAUAUUGGUGGACCAUCAAGGAUGCCAUUUUUCAGUCUUAUGUCUCUCGCACAAUAUCCAGAGUUGCUUCUUCCUUUGUCUCAUGUUAAGAAUAACUACAGCAGAAUACAAACAUCUAUCACUGACCUUUAUGAUGGCAUCCAUGACAGAGGUCAAAGUCAGACAGAGGGUAAAGGUUGCAUAGUACAGGGCAUACAAGAGGCAUGUGCUCAUUUUCACAGACAGAUGAAAACCAUGGUCCCUCAAACAGGAUAUCUGUGUAAUCAGUUAGAGAUUAUCUUGAUGACGUGUCAGCAGGGUCAGAGGGUACAGAAACAGAUUGAUGAAGCUAUAAUGUUAAUGAAUCUGGAAAAUGUUAAGAGAAUACAAGUGGUAGUGUUGAAUCUCGGAAUAGACUAUCCUAUGUGUGAAGAAUCAGAAAUUGUUGGAAGUCAAAACAGCCUAGUAUCCAAUAUAUCAAACAACAGUAGUCUAUCAGGAGGACUAGUGGAUAUUGUUAACCUUGAUGCAGAUGCCUUAAGUUUACAGAAUUUUUUCAACAGUUGGUUAUUAGAUAGCAGUACAGAGAGUGAACAUUUACAUAUUAUACUUCCUGCAUUGGUAAAUGAUGAGAAACAUAUGGUGAUUAAAUGUGACUUAAGAGAGAGAAUAUUAAACCCUGCACAGCUUCCUUUCUAUGGUAAUUUUACUGUCCAUCCAGAUUCUGCCACAAUGAAGACCUUCCCAUCCACUAGUAAAGCUCUAGGGAUGUCUAUCCCCAUCUACAAGAUCAAAAUUCUUGGACUUCUGUCUUCACAAGAUUUGUGUGAUUCUAUUGUAUAUGGAAUGCCAAUGAUAGCUUUAGCCACAAACUGUUGGAAAAUAGAUUGGGAUGAUCUUGAGAAAAAUCAACAGCUAUUUAAAGCAUUAUGCUAUAAGCUGGUUGAAAAAGAUCAAGUGUUAAUAGGCGAAUUAGAAAAUCCUGUAUCAAACAGAUCACGGCCGGACCAGGAAGUAAAACCCAAUGGAAGUUUUGUGUUCUUGCCUGCUCCUAAUGGCACAUUGUUGGUUAAAUCUAUUGCUGUACAGGAGUUGUUACUUCCAUGUCAGACAGGGACAUCACUAGAUGGUGCCACAGAAGAAUCUUUAGAUCUUAUAAGUUCGUCCUUACAUCAGAUUGAAGAAUUUAAUAGUUUUAAUCCUCUGAUGGCCUCUUCAGGAUUAUAUCAGUGUUUGAAGAAUAAAAACAAAAAACCUGAACCAAAACAGCAAAAAAGAAAAACAGAAAAUAAUACUAAUAAAGAAGUGUUAACAUCAUCAUCAAAGUACAAUAACAACAUACAAAUGACAGGAAAAGCUCCAAGGGCAUCUCCAGUUUCUACCAGUGUAAAAAGGCUUAGACCAUUGCUAAACAUCUUCCCAACAGAUUUGUAAUUAUCAAUUAAAAGACCUAAACUAUUGCUUCUGUCUUCUUAACAGACUUGUAACUAAGGAAGAGCUUUACAUACAUAGUUCUAUCUAUUUUAAAUGACUUGUUUACCCUGAAAGGUAGUGUAUCUUACAGUCUUUAUUUCUAAGCCUUGUUCUUAUGUGGCAACAGUUGACCACUAAACAUUUUUUUAUUGAUAUUUGAUAUAUGCUCAUUUAUUCUGUGAAUCUGAGAAGUUUUGAACAAUAAAGAUUAGUGGUUAAAAAAAUUAUGUAAACAAGUUAACAGAAUAAGAUAAUCUUCAAAACAUUCAUAUAGUUUGUAUUUGUUAUUUGUUUACAGUGAUUUUUAUAUUUGAAUAAAUUCGUUAAAUAUUUA